AUGAGUGAACAAUCAGAAAAAAACAAUUCCAUUCAAGAAGGACAAAAAGAUCACAGUUUUCCUGAGAAAAGCUGCCAAAUUGGACAGAAACAACUGCAACAAAUAGAACGGCAGUUAAGAUGCUUGGCCUUUCAGAACCCUGGACCACAGGUAGCAGACUUUAAUCCUGAAACAAGGCAGCAGAAAAAGAAAGCACGGAUGUCAAAGAUGAAUGAGUAUUUUUCCGCAAAAUACAAGGUUCUGAGGAAGUACGACAAGAGCGGCAAGCUGGUCUGCAACAAGGCCGACCUGUGCGACUGCCUGGACAGGAACUGCCUGGGCUGCUUCUACCCCUGCCCCAAGUGCAACUCCAACAAGUGCGGGCCCGAGUGCCGCUGCAACCGCCGCUGGGUUUACGACGCCAUCGUCACCGAGUCCGGAGAGGUCAUCAGCUCGCUGCCCUUCAGCAUUCCCGACUAG